AUGGAGAAAAAGAAGAUCCUGAUGAAGUCCAAGGUUGCUGCUCCCAACCUCCUGAGGGCACUGCAUUCCCUGUACCAGUUUGGGCACCUCUGUGAUGUGACAGUUCACACCCAACAUCUGGGAAUUCAGGAGGAGUUCCUGGUCCACAAAGCUGUCUUGGCUGCUUCCAGCAACUAUUUCAAGGGGCUUUUCCUGCAUGAUGAGAUGCUAGACACCAAGAAUUGCACCGUGACUCUGCAGGACAUCUACACAGAGGAGUUCACCUCCUUCCUGGAGUUUGUGUACACUGCAGAGGUGGAAAUCGAAGCGGAAAAGCUCCAGCGGAUGAAGGAAAUAGCUGAAAGACUGGAAUGCAAGGAUUUGCUUGACAUCUGUGAAGAAGUGAAAGCAGAGGGCAGGAAGGGUUUGGAUCUGAGCCUUCACCUGAAAGGGCAACGCUGUGACAAUGGUGGGUUACAGUGGCCUUGCAUCCAGCAGGAGGAGGACCACAGCCUGAGGAGCUCUUCCCAAGUGGUGGCAAUACCUGUGCAGAGGAAACUUUGGGAUAGGCAAAACCAGAAGAAGCUGCUGGUGGGCUAUGAGCUCGCUGGAGGCCAAGCAGCAGGCCUGGAGCAAGUGAACACUGCUUUUCCAGACCCAAAAUCCAGCACGGCAAAGUUGCUAAAAUGUAACAAGACACAUUCCAGGAACACACUCGGUGUGAACAUCAUUACUCUGGAAAAUGAGGAUAGCCAUUCCCUCCUAAGCCAGGCUGAGGCCCAGGAAGGCUGUAUGGUAAUUAGGAACACCCUUAGGGAGCAAUGGGAAGAUGAAAAGAGUUUGAUUCCACAAUUUCCAGGAAAAUCAGGAUGCAGGAAGUCACCACGGCAUGUGGCCAAAGUCCUGGCACCAGUGGCCUGUGAAAAGUGUGGUGAAUCCUUCCGCCUCCUGGAACAGUACCGGGAGCACACGGAGCUCAGGCACAACAUCCACCUGGCCAUGAGGUACCACUGUGAGAGGUGUGAGGAGCUCUUCCCUACUCCCCAGACCCUCCAGCAGCACCACUGCAAGAGGUUGAAGCGCCGCAAGGGCGCACCGGAUCACAUCCGUAGGGUGCAGGAGAGGAAGCAGGAUCCCCACUCCUGCCCCUACUGUGACAAGGUGGUCAGUUCCAAGUGUGGCCUCACCCUCCACAUCCGGACACACACCAGGGAGAGACCUUAUAAGUGUGAGCAAUGCCCCUCCAGCUUUGCUCAGAGGUCUUCCUACACCACGCACAUGAGGAAAAUCCAUGAGUCUGGGCAGGAGAGGAAACUUCUGCCUGUCUGUUGGAUGGUGGUUCCACCCACAAGCUGUGACAAAGAUUCCAACAGAGGGGUUUGGGAUGGGACACUGGAAGCUGGACAGCAACAGUGUGUGAGGCACAGAGAAGCCACGAGGCAUGAGGAAGAACCUGGGGGAUCAUCUAUGUCUGAGGCAGACCGUAGCAAUGAGCAAGAGGAACAGACAUGGAAAUACAAGGAAACUGAAGCCAGGAGUGAAGAAGGGAAUGAAGAUGGUGAGAUGAGUGUGAAGGGCGAGGAGGAGGGAGAUUACCAAGUGGGAUAUUCGGAAGCUGAAGGAAGCAGAGCCAAUGAGGUGUGCAGCGAGGAGGAUGGUGAAGACUCCAACGAGAAGGACAGUGAAGAGCAUGAGUUCACACUCCAGAAGAUCACUAAAAGCAGGGCCAGCAAGAAAUGCACCUACAUGAUUCAGUGUGAUAAGUGUCAGGAGCAGUUUGUUUCCCGCAAGAAGUAUGUGGAUCACUGCCGGGAUGUCCAUCAGUGCUUGCCUGGCAAAGUCUACCGGUGCGACAUCUGCAGCAAGUCCUUUGCCAGCCACAACAGCUGGAAGGAGCACCGUGCCUGCGUCCACACAGAGGAGAGGCAGUUUGCCUGCAGCCUCUGCAAUGCCACCUUCAAGAGGAAGAGGGAUGUGAGGACUCACUGCAUGAGGAAGCACGAGGGUAGGGUCAAACGGCCUCUCUGCUCCGUGUGUGGGAAGAUCCUCAGCUCCCGAACGGCACUGGUGUUCCACAUGCGGACACACACCGGAGAAAAGCCCUAUGAAUGUGGUGUUUGUCACUCCAAGUUUGCUCAGCCAUCCCAGCUGAAGAUCCAUACCAGGUCCCACACAGGGGAGAAGCCUUAUAUUUGUGAAGACUGUGGAGCUUCCUUUGCUGAUAAAGGAAAACUCACCGGGCACAAAAGGACACACACAGGAGAGCGUCUCUUCAAAUGCGAUGUGUGUGGGAAACACUUUGCCACCAACGAAUACCUGAAGUGCCACAAGCGCUGCCACAUGGGUGCCAAGCCCUACAAGUGUGGGGUUUGUGGGAAGACCUUUGGGCUGAGAGCCUCACUGGCCCAGCACAGCAACGUCCACGCAGAGACACGUCCAUAUUUCUGUGAGCAGUGUGGGAAAACCUUCACCCAACAGGGAGCUCUCCGUCGCCAUCAGCGCAUCCACACCGGGGAGAAGCCCUACAAGUGCCGCGCAUGCGAGAGGACCUUCACAGACAUGUCCACCCUGCGCAGACACGUGGCGAUUCAUGACAGGAAUGCUCACUGGAGAAGCUUCUUAAUCGACCUCACAACCAAAAAGGACCAUAAUUGGUCCAAAUAGAGACGCUUGCAUGUGCGGGAGGAGACUCCGUGCCAGAAAUGUGGUCAGUUGACCAAGGGAAGCUUUAUAAACCAGAAAGUCUUAAAACAGCAGCACAUGUGCCACCUG